AAAAGCUUGAGAAAGCUUUGCAGGAUUUCCCUAUACCAUAACAAGUACAAAAAACAUUUUAUUCUUGUCUGAAACAUGGAUUCAAAUACACAAUCUCCAAUUGAAUCAGCCAUACAACAUGUAUCAGAGUCAGUGUUUGUGGGACUGUGUCACAUAGUGGGGACUUCACAACAAAUCGCCAUGAGAAGAGAUGUUUUGGACAUCACGGAGAUUCUGUCGAAUCACGUCAAUAAUGAUUUAAACUCUAUAAUGACAAGUGGCAGCCACAGAGAGGGAUUUAGACUGAAAGGAUCAGAUAUAGACACCAUGUACUGGCAUAAUAUCGAGCGAGUCAUCUGGGACUUAUCUCAGACUCGGUAUUACAACAGACAAAGAUACACAUUAAUUCUCUCUGACUGUUCCGAUAGCCCUCCAGGAUUCUCUUUACUGCAGCUUUUGAUUCCAUGGCCUAUAAGAACAUCAUCAUGCUUUAUAGGAAUAGCGGGCAGGGAUAUUGUUUCAGCACUUGUCAGAAGGAAUGGUAAACUUUUUAUUUCUAGUUCUCUAUACAAAGAAUCUAUGUGCCAAAAGAUAACACCUAGCUCAACUCCACAUGGACCCUGCGCCAGUGGAAUUCAUGCUGGAAUAGAAUAUGAUUUUGCCCACUGCUUUGCCUCUGACUUUUGGGCUCCAUCUGCUGCCUCUUGGAUAGACAGAUGUCACUCAUGGCCCCAGCCUCGUGUUGUGCGAGACAUAAUCAGUAGUGGAUGUCACUUUGUAGCAACUGGACAUAAACUAGGCAAUCAUGAAGACCAAGAAUGGAGAAUUUCUUUUUCACGGGCAGAACAAAUACUUGUGUAUUCAAUGAACCACACUCAGUUCUUAACUUAUGGAUUGCUAAAAUUGAUUUUAAAGGAAGUCAUCAACAAUGGAUUAGGAGAAGAAGAUAAACUACUAUGUUCCUAUCACAUGAAGACAGCCGUUUUCUGGGUGAUUCAACGAAAUACUGUACCUCUGUGGUGUCCACAAAAUCUCCUUUUGUGUCUUUGGGAGUGCUUCAAACUAAUCCUUAAAUGGGUCUAUGAAAGGGUCUGUCCUAAUUUUUUCAUUCCACAAAACAAUAUGUUUCUGAGUAAAAUACAUGGUGAUAAGCAAACCCAAUUGUUCGUUAGGCUGCAUGCAUUGUAUGAGAAGGGUUUGAUAUCACUGCUACACAGUUCCUCCAUCUGGCCCUAUGUUUUAAAAGUCCUUCAUAACCCAAGACUCUCCAUUUGUUUAGAUGUAGGCAAUUUGUUAUCCGAGUUUGAAUUUGAUUCCACCCUAUUUAAUUGUAUAAUUAGUCAAAGUGUACAAGGAAUACAAAACCUGUUUCACUGUGUGAAAUGCCUUCGGGCUGUAGAACAGCUGAUAAAUAGACCCUUGACGCCAUACCAUGUUGUCACCUUACAGAAACACACAGCCUCCAUCCUCCCUGAAAUUGUGUUUAUAUUGAGUAACAUGUACAUCAAAACAAGUCGAAACAAAAUGAUGUAUAUUGUAGACAGUCUGUCCCAUCGCCUGCUGAGAUUAACAGACAAGUUUGGUGGCAUUUCUGAUAUAGUGUAUAUGGCCAUGUAUUAUUACAAGACAAUGAGAUUUGUGGACGCAUUAUUUGUUACAGAAAUGACAAAAGUCUUACUGUCAUAUAAAUCAACUCUUUAUUGUACUACAGAUAUUUAUACCGAGGCUCUGAGAGGGUGGCCGUUGACUUCAAAAAUGAGGUUUUUUACAAGAUGGAAUAUCUACCUUAGCAAUUGUAUCAUUUACAUCAAUGAAUUAUUGCCUGAACAACUGUCUAGUAUACAGGAGAGACAGACUCAAUUGGUUAUCCCUGUAGUCGUACUCUUGUAUAUGCUGGAGAUCUUCUGCUACAGGCAUGUUGAUACAUCAAAAAUACAAAUAGCUCUAUGUUAUUUCCAGCACCUUGUCCAGGCUUGCAUUCCAGUAGAUUUAAAAGACAUAUCAUGGCAGAUCCUUGGGAUUUGUUACCAGGUCACAGAGAAUCCACAGGCGGCUCUUUACGCGUAUCAACAGUCACUUUCUCAAGUAUCAUUAAAUAAAAUAAAACAUGCUACACUUAUGAGAAUACAGAAUAUCCGUCAGUGAAGCUGAAAAUGAAAUUUUAAG